AUGUGCACCUGGUUUGACCUCUGUGAUGCAAGACGGCACUUCGCCAUCGUUGUGCCUCGACGAGCAAUAACGUGCCCAACACUGCUUAACGCCAUUUUCGCCCUCUCCUCCCGUCACCUCAGUCUCAACGGACAGUACGAUCCCUACGCCUCAGACCGCUACCAUCAAGAAUGUCUCAAGCAUCUAACGACCAUUUCCAACGACUCGUCGGCCCUAACCAACGAUGACCUCCUCGCCGCCACAAUUCUCCUCCGCACCCUCGAGGAGCUCGACGUGCCCUUGAUCGGAACAGACCAUGAAGGCCAUCUGCUUGGCAUCCAGCUCUUCAUGAACACCCAAAAUGCCUCGUCGACGCCUCCAAGUCCGCUUCGACAGGCAUCUUUCUGGGUCGGGCUCAGGCAGGAAAUUACCUUAGCAUUCGCGACCCAGCGGCCGAUUAAGGUCAAGCUCGACCACUUGUUCAUCGACCGAUCCUUCUCGCCAGCGGACGAUGACUGCUGGGCGAAUCGGAUCGUAGUGCACUGCGCCGAGGUCGUCCAGUUCUGCUUCGGCGAGGUUGUGGACAGAAAGAGCGAGUACAAACGUUUGGUAGAAUACGACUACAACUGGCUGAGAGCGAGGCCGUUGUCAUGGUUGCCUAUUGCAUACUCGGAACCGGACCCCUCAUCAAGCAUGGUGUUUCCACAGAUAUUCUAUAUCAACCAUGCCGUAGUUAUCGGAAACGUGCACGCAGCGCUAGCUCGAGCCUUACUAAUGUGCCACGACGAGAGCAUCCCCAAAAUCGGUCCUGGCCGAAUAAUGGCCAGAAAGAAAUUGGAUGACGGCAUCCGCAUGCAGAUACGGGAAUUGUGUGGUGCAGCUCUUUCCAACAAGUCAACCAUACCCGCUAUGAUUACGGCGUGCAUGGGUGUCACUGCAUGCGGUGACAGGUUUACGGACCAGGCGGAGCAAAGGGCUCUGCUAGACAUUCUGGUAAAGACGGAUGUCGAACACAGUUGGCCGACUGCUUCUGCGCAGUCUCAUCUCAAGCGGGCAUGGGGGUGGGAAGACGACUCGUAA